AUGUAAUCAUCAAUUAAUAAUACAACUAUUACAUCCAACCAAACAUGCUACAACUAGAGAUGCUCCAGGAUCGAUGUCAUCAAUUAAAUCAUUGCCAAAAAAUAAAAUACCAAUAAUACCUUAUUUUAACUUAAAUUUUAGCAAUUUUAUAGAGAUAGAAUGGAAUUGAACAAAAUUUAAAAGAAAGAUAAGCUAGAAUUGCAUGAUUAAAUAUUUAGACUCUACAAAAACAAUCAAGCAGCUUAAUAAAUCAAUCUAACCAUUUUUACCCAAGAAAAAUUGUAUACCCAACCAUUUAUAAAACCAAUUAAAUCGUCAGCUGAAAGAAGAAGACCCAGAUCACAAUCAACUCAUAGAAACAUCAUUAAUUCACCAAAAACAAAAAUACCCAUUCUAGGAGAUGUCUUGAGAAUCUCUCCUAAAUAUAUCAACAAUAGAACAACUAUUUCAUCCAAAAAUGAUAUAAGAUCUGUUAGAAAAAACAUCUUUUUAGAUGCAUUGAUCCUCUAAUAGGAAUCGUAAGAUUUUUUCUGA